UCGCACAGUUUUCCUUCGACCGUUCGUGGGGCAUAAUCUCGAAUCUCCGUUCCUCCGAGCUCGAACAAGCAAGCACUCUCUGGUUCGGGUUUGCGUAUUACCGCGUCUCGUAGUUAUAGUGCAGUUCUUGCGUUGUGCGGUUGAAGACGAUACGACCGGACCGGACGACUGUUGGCGCGCGCGACCUUUUUUCCGAGUUUUGAACUCUUUACGUUCCGGUAGUUGUCACUUGCCAGUUCUACGGUUCUACUGGAAGAGAUAUGAUGGGGUUUUUUGAUUGUUCUAAGAGCGACAUUCCAGAAUAUUUGUGAAUUAGGAAUGUGCUGAUUGGUAGAUUGUGCAAAAGAGUUUCACAAGAAUACGUUCAGAAGACUAUCCAUCUCGAUGCGAAGAAUUAGUUCACGCUUCAGUGGGGUCAGCUGUUUUGUCGGGUUAUAAGAAACGAGCUAUGUAUUUCAUGUGACGGAUUUUAUCGCGUUUCUCGUUUGUGAUUUGUGCCGAUGAUUUGAGCAACUGUUACGCCGAGACAUUUCUAAAAAAACGGGAGAAGAUCGCGUGUGGUGCAUUUUUCUGUUGCUUCUUCUUCUGCUGAUCUCGACUUCAUUCCAAGGUUCGCGGCAAGUGCGCGAAUUUUCGUUGGGGCGGGAAGUGAAAAACACUAAACGACAGUAGUGAUAGACGGGUGACGGGACAGGGGUUUUUUUUUUCUUAUGCGGUGUGUGACGAACAAGCCGGUGAAGAAGAUGCUGGUGGAGAUCACCGCCAAGAGGCCGACAAACAGCCAGCGACGAAUGUGGUGAAAAUUACUCUUUUCAAAUUCGGGUUUUAGCUGCACCCAAAUAGAUAUCCAAUUGAUUCACCGCAAACGAAUACUGUCUGCAAUCCAGUGUGCAACACUCAUCGGCCCACCAAAUAAAUCAAACCUUUUCGGCAGCAGUUCUUUCGUCGCGCAACGACGACGACGAUUGUUAUUCUUUCCUUUCCGGGAUCUCGGAAGGAAAAACGUAUACAAACAAUUUUCCACCCGGAGAAGUCCAGUCAUCAUAACUCUCGGCACUUGUAUUUACCCUCGCAGUUGAGAAAAUCUCGGUACAAUGAUGAUGUCGAGUAGAGCCGGUUAUGAAUGAUGCCGCCUGCCUGCCGUUGACGAAGACGGCUACGGGAACUCAACGAAACCCCGGUACUUGGCUCAAGGACUUAAAAUAACUCACGUGGUUCGAUGAAGGCGCUUAGUUUAUUAUUCUUCCAGUUGGGUGGUUAGAGAAGAGAAAAUCGGUGAAGAUUGUGAAGAAUUUAUUCGUCAGUAGUGUUCGCCGUCGGUGGCGUGUAGAAGAUCAAACGGUUCCGGUUCAGCGGAGUCAGUUAGGGUUUUGUUAGGUCCACGGUUUCGUUCGUCGCACGUGCUGUAGAUUUGAAUGAGAAACAGAGUGGGUGCCGAAGAGUACGCAAAACUGGAGCACAGCGGGGGAAGAAGAUGUUGCCGCCGAUUUGCCAAGUUGCGACCUGUGAAAAUGAGCGUUCCAUCGUCAGUCGCGGCUGGGCUAAAAUUAGACAACGGCAUAAAUUAUGUAAAGUGUGCGGCUGCUGCCCGAAAUAACGCGUCGAUCGAGCCAAUUUAUCGCCUGAACAGCCAAGCGCCAGUAUUACUGGAGAAUCCGCUUGAACGCAGUAGCAUUAGCAUAAGUGGUCCCAUUGGUGACGACCUAGUACAACAAGUACAACAGAAACAACAGCGACAUCAAGAAGACUGCAGCAGCAAUCCCCAAAGUAGACCUCGGGGUCGUCGUCGCGGACGUCGACGGCCAAAGUGUGUCUGGAUGUGGCGGCGCUGGUUCAACUACUCCCUUCCGUCCUUGGUUUCCUCCCUUCUAGUUUGCAUUCCCGCCAAAUCUUCAAUCUACCUGUCACAGCUGCGACCAUCACAGCAGAAGAGAUGCAAAUCCCAGAAUUCCCACCAACCAAGUGGCCGUAGCAGUGUUGCCAACCGUGUGCUAGCUUCUGCAGAAGAAAAAGAAGAAAUCGGUAAUCCCAGUGCGGUUGUUAAUGGUGGCAGUGAUUGUAAAAGCAGUGAUUACAGUAGUUGCCGAAGGGGAAGCCCGGGAUGGCAGCGGUCAUCGCGGAGUUGUCACCGAUCGUCGCCACUGCUCGGCAGUAUCUUCGGUGGCAUCGAUGUAAAGUUGGUGCUGGUGAUUAUGGUGCUAAUUGGCGUUAUUGAUUACUCGGAAGCCGGAACCUGUUGGCUGCGACGGAUAGAGAGUACCGGCAAGUGCAACAAGUUGUUCACCCGCAAUGUCUCACGAGAAAAUUGCUGUAACGCCGGCACUGGUCUCGGAUACAGCGAUCGUGACAUCACCGACGUCCAGCUGUUCUUCGUGAAUGCCUUCAACGAUGGGAUGGAUUGUUCGUCCUGUUUGGCGAAUGGUAUUUCUCCACCCACAGAUAGCUGCGAGAAGGCCAAAUGCGGAGUCAACAAGCGUUGCGUCAUGAAGAAGGGCCGACCGAAGUGCAUCUGUGCUCCGAGCUGCAAGGCCCCGAAACAGGCAAAAAAGCUGCCGAAUCAAAAUAUCAAGGUGAUAAAUCUGAGCGACAGCCAAAGAAACCGUAGACAGUAUUUUUCGUCCGGGCCGCGAGCUGCUGCUUCCCGGAUGGGACCUCCUUCAAGCAGCAAUAACAAGCGUAGCGUUCGGCUACUGGGCGAUGAACCGUCAUCCCACCAGCACCAUUCAAGGACUGUAAAAACUAGCCUAAGUGAGAAAAAGAUAAGCCAAAGAAGUAGUAACGGUAAGGUAGCUAACUCUAAGCAUAAGGAUAAUUUAUUGGAAACUGUGACAUUAGGUAAUAGAAGAUCCCAAGGGGAUGACGGUUCGCGCAAAGUAAACCAUACCGAAAGGCUAAGCGAUCGAAUGGUACUGAUGGCGGAUGGCCCGGUACAGAUCAAUAGCUACGCUCGAAAGAGCCGAUCCGAGGCUAAACCAAUUCUGGUGACAAGUUCCAGUGCCAAUGUGCGCCAUCGGAAUCGGAAGGUCUCGUCGAAUGGCUAUAACGAAACCCUCGAAGGGUCCCACCGAGCUCACAAUGAGCAAACGCCAUCCUCGCGGAGUCCGCAUCAUCACAGUCGUGACUUUGGCAAACCGCGGUUGUUGCGGUUGGAAUCAUCCGGAAAGGAUAAUCGCACCGUAGAUGCACGGAUCCCUCGACGGCAACCGCCACCACAUUUGGAGGAGAUGUUCUACGUGGCACAGAAUCGUCGGAGUCGAGUGCGUGCCGAUGAUUUCGACUUUGGCAAUGAGAUAACGCAACACGUGGGCGUUGGAUUCUACAACCCGGUCUGUGGCACCGAUGGCAAAACGUACAAAACCGAAUGCCAGCUGAAGAAACGAGCAUGCCGUCAGGAGAGCACGACCCUUGUGAAGGCCUACAAAGGCCACUGUCAGACCUCCUGCCGGUUCGUCCAGUGCCCGGAUGGAAAACAUUGCGUCGAAGAUCAAAACUCUACGCCACACUGUGUGACCUGUGCGAUGGAUUGCCCCGCGGCAGAUUCCCGCUCAUCGGCCAAAGCCGUCGUCUGCGGAACCGACGGGAACACCUAUCGGAACGUCUGCGAGCUGAAACGGAAGGCCUGUCUUACCGGUCGGGCCAUUCCCGUUGCCUACCGGGGACGUUGCGUUGAAACCGCCACAUGUGAUACGAUCAAAUGCAAGGACCGGCAGCAAUGCCUGACCGAUCUGCAAACCCAUAAGCCCCGGUGCGUGAGCUGCAGCUACAAGUGCCCUCGGGUCAAGCGGCCCCAGCAGACGCGUUCCCGCCAGAACGGCAAUGGAAACGGCAAUGGCAACCAGCAGCAUCGCCAGUCGCAGCACCAUCAGCAGCAGCCGAAUGUCAAACUUUGCGGUACCAACAAUCACACCUACCACUCGUGGUGUCACAUGUUGCGGGAUUCUUGCAACACCGGAUUCUACAUUGACGUCCAGUACAAUGGAGUUUGCAGUUUCGAUCGAAGCGUGGCGCCGUCCUCCAUUCUGACACUUUCGGCCAGUAGUAGCAAGACCAAACCAUAGCACCGUCGGCCGAUGCGCAAGCUGGCAACACUGAACAAGCUGGAUCCCGCCAUUUGGCAACUGCUGGCUUGAAACUUAUACCAAAAACCAAACAAACAAAAUUUUUACCCUGUAGUUGAUGUUACAAAGAUGUAAAAAGUAGAUUUUAGCGCUCAGUGUCUAUAUAUUUAUGAAGUAGUUCAGUCAAACCAGGGCAAAAAAGUAAGAUAUGCGGAAGCAGGAAAUUGUUGUAUAAAUUUUUCAUCGAUUGGUUUUAAUCUCCUAGUGGUUAGUAUUUGUGUAUAAAGUGAUCUGACUUCAACGGAACCGUUUUGAGUAUAUUUAGUGCCUACUGGCACCAUCUAUUUAUGGUCUAAUUGAAAACGAACCAGAAUAUCCCACUGAUGGAACUUUAUUUAUUGCCUUGUACAAUUUAAAACAACCCGCAUCGCAGCGGGAGCGUAGCUUAGUAGGUUCAUUAUUUUUCUUUUCGUUUUCACGAAUUAUUUAUUCAAAGUCCUCACAGUUGACGGGGCAUUAUUUAUUAGAAAAGAUUUCAAUAUGAAACGAGCCAAAAAGUAACCCUUAAAUCCACGAUAACGGCGUUAGGAUCGCCCAAAUUUAGUCUAUCGAAAGUAAUACAACAAUCAACUCGGUGCUGUUCUCGAACUUCUUGUCAAAUGAAAAGCCUAGAAAAUUUAGUAAAACAAGUCCAAUUCAUUCACCGAAAAUUCCUUUCGUCGUUGUUCUGUAGACUAAUGUGUUAUAGUUAAACCACAGGCAAACACACGUACAACUUUGCUAUCGUUGCUAAUCGCAAAUACUUUGCCCAAUGGUAAAAUCAAUGUAUUCCUUCAAGUGUGUACCAGAUAGCACCAUUAGUCCAGUGUUACGUCUGUUUGUCUGUGGUUGGACGAUGUAAAUCAAAUUACGCUAAGAAAAGCUUGAUGAAAAUUGACAAAAAAUAAUACAAAACAAAACAACUUCCAGGUUGAUCUAGCUCUUGUUACUGCGCAGUUGUAUAAAAUACUAACGUAGACAAUUUAGAACGAUGAAGGUAACCUUAAUCUGUAUUAAACGAUUGACUGAUUUUAAUCUAAUGCAAAACAAAUAAUUCGAUUCUUGUGCGCAUAGCAAAUGGGCUGUCGAACGGUCUGUAACAUUUACCCACUUUUUACACUAGUGAAAAUUCUAUUUACCUUUCUCCAAAGGGAUUAGCGGUAGAGCGAGACUUAACUAGAACAAAAAAAAAUGUAAGCACAUACUUGACAGCAAUCUGAAACGUGUGGAUUAUCUACUGCAUUAAUUCAUAUUUACUCUGUUGGAAAACGAAGGAACCAGGUUCUCAAAAAAGUAUUCUUCCCCAUCUGAACUCGGGGAGAGGUCUAUGUAAUUCAAUAACUCAAACAAUAAAUAUAUUCUCUAGACACACAACAGUGGAACAUUAGCAAAUGUCAAUGCGUUAUAGUAAAUUGUACUGGUUUUAGUAACAUAUUGCAACACAAACAUGGUAGCAUCCACUUCAAUAACAACAGCAACAACAGAAAAAGCAAGAAACUAGACAAAAAUAAAUGUUUAUUAAUGUUGAUACAAACAA